GACGCACGGACGUGAGUGCUAAUCCUCGCCGAGUGACGAUUUUCACGCGGAUUCCCCGCGUCGAUGGAGACCGGCGCCGGAGAACGCCUGUCGGGGUGGUGAGACAGCUUAGAAUUCACUUGCGGAGGAGAUUUCGUAAAUCUUCGUGAUCCAGAGCCGAGGUGUCCCCUAAGAACGCGCUCCAUACAGCCAGCUCGAGCGAGCCUAGCGCGCCACUGAGAGAGUCGAUCCGGCUCUCGAUCCAAUCGGUCGCGCGGCUCUCGCCGACUUUCACUCGCCGUCCGUUGAUCGGCCGUCGAAGGAGCGGGCAAAGCGGAAGGCAGAAGAGACGCAAGGUGAAACACCGUCCCCGGUGUCCCUCUCCGUCUCUGGUCCCGGGUUGACUGACCUCGAAAGCGCGAGACAGGAGGUAGCCGGGCCGAGUCGCGGGGAUCCGCGUGAAGCAGAAGGAGCGUGUCGACGACGACGACGACGACGGCCACGACGACGACGAGCGCGACGAGGAGUGGCCGAGAAGAAGAAGAGCAAAUUGGUGCUCCCAGUAGCAGGGGCCCAUGAGCGCCAUGGAGGAGAAGCUGCGCGGCGUGACGAAGCGCGCCAGCAGACACGGGCCGCGUGCAGCCGGGCCAGUCGCGUCCGAUUGGUCGGCUAGCUCUGGCGCGAGUGGUGGGGCGAGGGGCCCGGCCCCGGCGACCCCCUCCACCUCGCAGGCCGGCGGCUCCGCGUUCAACCGGCCCCAGGAGACCACGGGACCGACUAGGCGCCAGUCCUCGCGGGACAGCGGCGACGCGACCGGCCAACAGGCCCCACCCGAACACGGCGAGCUCCUUUUCAAGGUGAUGCUACUCGGCGACAGUGGCGUCGGGAAAACCUGCCUUCUGACGCGGUUCAGAGACGGCAGAUUCCUGUCUGGCAACUAUAUAACCACCGUGGGCAUUGAUUUUAGGAACAAAGUGGUCGUCGUUGAUGAUACGUCUAUCAAGCUUCAGAUAUGGGACACGGCCGGCCAAGAAAGAUUUCGAAGCGUGACGCAUGCCUACUACAGAGAUGCUCAUGCUCUUUUAUUGCUGUACGACGUGACGAACAAGACGAGUUACGACAACAUCAGAGCCUGGCUGAGCGAAAUCCGGGAACACGCGAACGAGGACGUGGUCAUCAUGCUGCUGGGUAACAAGUCCGACUGUGGAACGGAACGAGUAGUGAAGAAGGAAGACGGUAAACGGUUGGCGCAAGAGUACAAAGUCCCCUUUAUGGAAACCUCAGCUAAAACCGGCCUGAACGUUGAAUUGGCCUUCUUGGCCGUCGCUAGAGACCUGAAGGCAAGGAAGGGCAACGACCCGGACGACACGAAAUUCAACGUGCAGGACUACGUUCGUCAGCAAUCGCAACGAAAUUCCUGCUUCAACUCCAAUUGCCUGACUACCUGAAUUGCGCAAUAACCUUACGCGCACAGUCCCCUGCAAUAGAUCGGACGAAUGGUGGAACAUGGACCGGAACUGGUUGGCCAUGAGGAUGGCGCGAAACUAUCGCAGACGUUCAACAAUUCGUCCCCGUGAUUCAGGAGCAAAACGUUACCUCGUUAAACAUUCGCGAAAGAUCGAUUUCCGUAGCUUGCGCAGCUCGUUGGCGGGAACUUUGAAUUCGCUGGUACUUGGCGGGAGAUCGUAGCGCCAUCGCGGUGGAGAAAACGUAUGCGUACAUGGAAUCAAAAAUAUAAUUUGUUUCGGA